AUGGAGGAAGAGGUGGGUCCAGAGGAAUUGGGUAAUGGUGUGUCGGCUGCUAUACACACCGUGUUACAAGGCUUACUGGUUGGUCAUAAUGAGGAAAGUACUCAAAGUAUGGUAAAGGAAGGGGAAUCUGUGGAGAAGGGUAGGGUUCAUGAGGUGUGGAGGGUGGAGGAGGAGGAGGGGAAUACUACAGUAUUACAGCAGCUGCAUGUGGCAGGUGUUCUGGAUGUGUUGGACCACUCAGGACCUUCACGGACCAUUCGGGUACCUCCUGAGUCCCUCAGUGAGGUGAAUUACAACCUGCAGAACGCAGGUGUACAUUACCUUGUGCUCAUCCAUGACUUGGCUACGUAUCUCCGGAUUGAGUGGUACUUGAGACAUCUGGCUACUCAUCCCCGGGUUGAGGUUACCUCGAUUGGCAAGUCGGUGGAAGGUCGCAACAUCUGGCUGGUUCAUAUCAUGCCUGCCACCACGUGUAGAGGAGGCAGGUCAGCGGCAGUCAUGCCAAGACAUCAUCAGAGACAGAAACACUACCGAGCCGCGAAGGCACGCUCCAUCUGGCUGGAGGCUGGCCUCCAUGCACGGGAAUGGAUCUCAGUAUCUGUGGCUCUACAACUUAUUCAUAACAUGGUACGUGAAUGCAGUGUGGGACGAGCAGUGCAUGUUUACGUGGUACCCAUGGCCAACCCUGACGGCUACGUUUACACCUGGACCCACCAACGCAUGUGGCGCAAAAACCGCAGGAGGAAUCAUGGAUCUAACUGUGACGGAGUGGACCUCAAUCGUAACUGGGACUUCCAGUUUGGCGUUGGUGCUUCCUCUAGUCCCUGUAGUGAGAUUUAUCAAGGACCUAGCUCCUUCUCUGAGCCAGAGACACAGUCACUACGUGAUGCCAUGCAUCAGGUAAACAGUGUAAGUAAACUGAUGCUAGUUUUAGCCCUACACAGCUACGGCCAGCUACUGUUAUACCCAUUUGGUCACACCACAGAACCAGCACCUCACACACCCGCCAUGAGACGACUGGGCAAUAUCUUUGCCCAACAUGCUAAAGUAGGUUCAGGUACUGUUUACGAUGUUAUGAACUCUGCUACAGGUCUUUACUUCUCGUCUGGCUCCACGGAUGACUGGGCGAAGGGAGUCCUUAAUACCAAGUUUGUGUACACGCUUGAACUCAGAAAUAAAGUCACCUUCCUUCUUAAUGCUGACCAGAUAUUUCCAACGGGCCAGGAAGUCUGGGAUGGCUUGAGGGCAAUGAUAGAAGCUCUUACCCCAGAAAAACUUUCCGAAUAAUACUGACUUUAUUCUGUGUGAUGAUGCAUGGCUUUUAGCUCACUCCAUAUAUAUAUUAUAAACACUGUUUCUAUAGAAACAACACAAAGAUUUCUAGAUCAAUUUGAAAAACACAUUUAUAUUUAAAAA